AUGGCAAAUAAUAAACCAAUAAAGAAAACUGUUUCCUUUGAACAAGGUAUCACCAAUGGAUCCUUGGGUGAUCAAUCAAGUUCUGAAUCCAAACAAUCGUCUAAAUCUACCAACAACGUUGUUCCCCAACUUCAGAAUAAUUUACUUGUUGUUCCAUUUCAUAAUAUCUUGAUCCUUAUAGGAAUGUUCUACAUGGGGUUGACAUCUGAUGUUGAAGGGGUUAUGUUGAGAGGAUUUUUAACUAAUAUCCCAAUACAAAUAAUUUAUAACUAUAUUAUCUACUCCAAUUUAGCUAAGAAAUCAAAAGGUGUCAAUGUACCUUUGUUAAUUGGGUCUAGUAUUUUUGUUAGUAUUAUAUUGGCAGUUCCUUUAUUUGUGGCCAUUAUAUUAAUGGGGGCACCAAUUUACAACUAUUCAUUGAAGACAUUAUAUUUAUCAUUGCAUUUAUCCUUAUUAAUAUUCAGUCCAUUGAUUGUAUUGUACAAUUUAGAUUUAAAUCAAUUCAAGAAAUUGUUUACUGAAGAUAGUUUAUAUGGAAUAAUUUUCCAUCAUACUAUCUUAUCACUGGUUCUAUUGACUUUAGGUGGGUGUUGGUUAGGAGUUAUUCCAAUUCCUUUGGAUUGGGACAGACCUUGGCAACAAUGGCCAAUCACAUUAUUGGUAGGCGGAUAUCUGGGAGGCGUCAUUGGUGGUCUUUUAUCCGUGUUGGUAAAUAAAUUAUAA